AUGUCCGAGUUAGUUUGUGUGCAUCUACAACCAAAGUUUCAGCAGAAAUCACCUAGCUUGUCUUUGCUGGAAUUCAAACCUAGGUUCUCUUAUUACUAUGGUCCGAUUCUUUGGAUGAAUAAUACUUAUAAAGAUUUGCAUAAUCUUAGUGAGAGAACAGAGGUUUUAUAUGAUGAGAUUAGUGAUAGAAUUCGUCGUGAAGAAAUUAAUUUCUGUACACACUGUGCUGAACAUGGUCGUUAUUGCGGAAUUGAAGAACUCACAAUGGAAGAUAAGGAGAAAUUGAUUGGCAUUCAAGACUCAUUAAAGGAUCUUCAGAACAUGCUCCAGUUCUACCAGGCAUUAGAGUCUCGACAGCAGAGACAUCACAAUGGCGCGCUUGUCCGUUUGGAAGCAAGUAGAAUGGUACUGAUAGACAAAUUAAAUAAGUAUCCAACAUGGGGAAAGAAACUAGAAGUGAUUGAGGAACUAAAAGAAUAUUUUGGCAAAGGAAUUAAAGAUGCAUUAUCAUUUUCUGAGAAUUUGGCAAAAACAGAACAGAAACAGAGUAAAGAUGAGAAAGAAAAGAAGAAAAGUUCAAGUUUUUUGGUCAUUUGCAUAAAAAGUUUAUUUAAUCCAUGGAAUUGGUAUCGUACGACAAGAAUUGCUGCGAUAGCAUUGAUCGUUAACGUUUACAGGAAUAGAAUGCAAGAUAAGAACAAGAUGUCUGUUCCAAGAUUGAAAAUUGGUUAUUCAGAUAGCCAAUUAGCUGUUACAUAUGGAAAGGGAUAA